GGAUGAGCGGACCUUAAGAUACUAAGUAUGCGUAUUUUUGCUCAGUUAAAAUCCCCUCUAUGGUUGUAAUAUCGAAAAGCACCACCCGUUAAAUGCCUUACAUUUUAUUCUAGAUGAACAUGACUCCCAAACGCGUAUGUCGCCAAGCCGUGAAAACGUUCAAACSCAAAGGACGCCAGCAGUUUUCUUACCUUUCGACAUAGAAGGUCUCCUCAGUUGUGUGAUUGCACUAGCAACUGUACGGUUAAUAGCACAAUACUGUAUUGUGGUCGUAAGUAGGCGCAGUUUGUUCAGUUGGUGGGUUUGUUUCUAAUUGGUUUAAAACCCUAUUCUUAGGAACACAACGCAUAAACUUGUCAACUUAAACAAAAGCUAUACUUAACAAUAAAUGUUCCAUGUAUAGAAUUAUGACUGGUUUUGAACAAAGUCACAUGUUACCUAAUUCUUUUCAUCCGAAAUAACCAUCAGCUUUCAGGCUGUGUAACAACUAACAAUUUAUUGCAAUUAUGUUAUCACCCCUCACGACUAGACAGGAGUCUGAGGAGUGAAGCCUGCCAGACCUGCCAUACAGAAAAGUUACUCGGGGCACAUCAUGAAUAGCCUUUACGAACGGCACAGUAUACACCUAUCACUUUAUCCUUUUUUGGGGGUGGUGGGAGGGGUAUCUACGUACAUUGUUCAUUUAUGAGAAACCGUAGUUCAGGUAGUUAAAUUAUUAAGUUAUUUGUCAAACAAGAGAUUUAACAACCGACUGAAAAGCUGUCCUGGGAUGGCGAGUUAUCGGCUAGCUAACGACUUUACAAGGGAAAAGUUAACCCGGACAGAAGGGUUACCCUAUCAAACAGACACGUUAACCCUAGCACUAGGGUAACACGGGCAAGCUCGUAAAAGCGUUAAAAUAUAUUACAAGAGAAAAUGUAUAGAAGCUAGGGAAGCCUUACCUCCUUGUAAAGAAGUCCUUAGACCGGACACGAGCCAAAAAUGUGAUUUUUGACUUUUGUUAUUCAUUGCAAAUAAAGUCGUUAUAAUGAACCCUAUCAGUUUCAAUAACUUCUGCGAUAAAUGGGUCAAAAAUGUUUGGGUCAUUUGAUUUGGGCUUCCUGUGGUUUAGGCGGCCAUCAUAAGUGCCUUUGUGCUGAACAAACUGGAGUGAAGCAGCGAUGAAGAUAUUAACUGUUUUAACAUGUUGGAGUGCUAGGUGCCCACCAAUACGAGGAAUUAGUCGUAAGGCAGUAGGAAGAACCUUUGAAUUACUUACUGUUAACGCUCUGCAAAAGUACUCUUUCGAGGUUUUGUUAUGCGGUGGGUCUAGAGAUCGAGGUAUUGAUUUUCGCGGUGCCUGGAAGCUAAAUUCACGUACCAUCAAUGUCCUUGGCCAAUGUAAAUGUUAUAAGAGAAGACUUGGACCUGUACAUGUCCGAGAACUUGAAGGAGCUAUUAGUCAUGAACACGAAGCAACUCUUACCCUCCUUGUAACAAACACUGGUUUUACAAAGGAUGCUUAUGAACAUUUUAUGAGUUCCACUUAUCCAUUAGCAUUGACAGUACUGGACACAACGAUUCUACAUCAAUGUGAUGAAGAAACACUURGCCAAACACAAGCCUUAGACACAACACAUUUCCACAAAAACAGUCUUUCUUUAAAUAACUUAGAUGAUAAAAAUGCAAAUGUCUGUAGUCAAGAGAAACCAAAAAAUGAUUGUAUAAAAAUAACCCAGACUGAUCAGUAUAUGAAGCAAUCAUUGCAAGUUGAGCGAGUUUACAAGGAACUUAUUUCAUCACCGCAAGACCAUCAUUAUAAUGUUGAUUUGAGUCAAAGUUCCUACAAUAACCAUGAUUGUGAUAGACUACCAUUACAUAGAGGAAAUAUAUCAUUAUUUGAACUGAAUAUUACUGCAAGGCAACUUCUGCCAGAAAUUGUGAUUGGUAGAUCACUAAAGAAGUCAUGUCAUCCAAUGCUUUUGUUGCAUGAAGACAGUACAAAAAAAUAAUAAAUUUGAAGUUCCAAAUUCCAUGGCAUUAACGUUUUAUUGAUAUAGCAUUUCUGUGAUAUGAAAAAAUAUGAAAGGGCAAAAAAAAUGUAAAUGUUGUUAUCAAAUACUUAUUAUGUUUAUUGCAAACAUCCUAGUUGUAUUAUGAAGACAUUUUUCACCUUCAUAAGCAUAUAGAUCUGAGGCUGUGCUUACAUAUGUUUAGGGGUCCAGUUCACAUGCGUCUGAGCUAUCAGAACAAAAUUAUAUUUAUAUGCCUAGCCAUGCAAAUUUUGGAUCUGUGUAAACAAAGGUUCCAUAUGAACAGUAUGUUUGUCUGGUGCUGAGUAGACACAGCCUCAGGAGUAAACAUCUGACAGAGAUGAAUAACACAACAUCAACAUUUYGUGGUUUGGUUUAUUUGUAAUGAAUGAUAUAAUCAGAAAUAAGGUGACAGAGAAUAAAUAUAUGUUCAAGCAGUA